AUGUACGGCCGCGGAGGUGCCGGUAACAUCCAUCAGGCGAAGGAGAACAGUAAGAAAGCUGCAGAGGAUCUGGAGGCCAACCUACCCUCCUCCGCCGCACCCUCCUCAGGCACCAUGCCAUCAUCGACGGCAUCACAAGAUUACGCUCACAUGGGCCGUGGAGGCGCAGGCAACUGGUAUCAGCCAUCCGAGCUAUCCAAAGAAGGCAGAUUCACACAACCUGCCGAUGCGACGGCGACACCGACAGCUGCAAAGUCGCAGGUGAGCACACCCUGGCAUCCCGAGGGCCAGGAGAUGCCAAUUGCACGGUCAGGCCGAGGAGGUGCGGGGAACUUCGUGUGGAAGAGCGAGAGCGGGGAACCUGCGAAGAAGACAAAGGAGGCGGAGGAUGAAGAGGUGGAGAGGAAGAAGGAAGCUGUGAGUCAAGGAGUGGAAAGGGAUGUCGAGGCCGUGUUGGCGAAGCCGCCGGGUGUGCUUUUGGGGAGGGAGGUGGACAAGGGCGUGUAA